AUGUCUGUCACAAAUAUCAUCUUCGAUCCAGAGGGGGACCUCCUUCUCCGCCUCCUUGAACCAAAAACCGGCAGCGCAGUCGAGGACAAAGUUGGUCCUUCAGCUCCUGAAGCCACUUCGAUGGAGGAGUUCCACAUGCUGGUAUCCUCGAAGCACUUGAAGUUAGCAUCACCAGUCUUCAGAGCCAUGUUUCAGCCAGGAUUUCUCGAAGGCCAAAUUCUCCAGUCUCAGGCUCGCGCGCAGAUCGAUAUGCCCGACGAUGAUCCAGAGGCUUUUGGCCUAUUGAUGAAUGCCAUCCACGGACUUUCGAGCAAGAUGCCAAUCACGGUCAACUUAAAAACUCUGACUGCAUUAGCAUUGGUGGUAGAUAAGUAUCAAUCAGAAGCAACUUUUCCAUACGCUCAACGAUGGUGCUUGGUGCUCGGCGACGCAUUUGAUUGGAAAAAUGCGCCCAUGUCAGGAAUUGUCUCUUGGUUGUGUAUCUGCUGGGUAUUCAAGAUGCCACAAAGCUUCAAGAUGGUCAGCCGUGUUGCGGAACGAAGGAGUAGCUCGAGAUUAAAGGCUGUUGAUCUUCCUCUUCCGGAAAUUGUGUUGGAUCGUAUCGAGGCCAAACGCCAGUCUGCCAUAGAUGAAAUCAUCCAAGACUUGAAUCUCAACUACACCAAACUCAGUAGCAAAGUUCUUCAAUGCAGACACAAUCCCGGCGCUCCGACUAUUCGCGAGAUAAAGUUCGCCUGUGACAGCAAGGUACUGGGGACUUUGAUCAAAGGCCUCGCUACUCAGGAUCUGUGGCCUUUGCCAAAGGCGCCAUAUGAAGGGCUGAGUUUCGACACGGUUGUAACCCGUGUGCGAGACGCGAAAUUCAACGCCCCUUGCACCGAGAAGCAUUUCACUCCAUCGUUUAAGGCCAAUAAGGUGGAGAAGGAUAUGGACGGACUUGACCUUGAUACUUUGAUGUCGGUAGAGAAGACUUCGAAAACACUUCAGCAGCUCAAUCUCUCAAAGUCUUGA